AUUUAAAACAAGGGACCUCCAUAUCAUCCACAAAACUAGUUCUACAUAAUUUUUACACUGCCACGGCCGCUCGCGAUGCAUGACAUGGAGUCACCAGCAACUCCCAUGAAUGACUCAUCCGGAGAUGGAAUCCACAACAUGAACCAUAACCAUACCAAUAUGGCCAUGAACAUGAACAUGAUGCACAUGACCUUCUUCUGGGGUUCCAACGCUGAAAUACUCUUCUCCGGUUGGCCCGGCACACGUCUUGGUAUGUACGUAUUAGCUCUGAUAGUAGUCUUCGUGCUCUCAGUGCUCGCUGAGUGGUUCUCUCAUUGCCAAUUGAUCAAACCAGGUGCUAACAAUGUUAAAGCCGGUCUUGUUCAGACCCUUAUGCAUGCAAUUCGGAUUAGUCUCGCUUAUAUUGUAAUGCUUGCUGUUAUGUCUUUUAACGUUGGUAUAUUACUAGUGGCUGUUGCGGGACACGCAAUAGGGUUUUUGCUCUUUGGCAGUCGAGUUUUCAAGGACUCAGAAAUGACAUCGUCUGUGAAAACUAGUGAUCUUCCUCCAAUGAGUUGCUGACAUAUAUAAAAUUUCUGUUUGUCAUAAGCAAAUUAGCAAAGUUACAUGUAAUUUUUAAAAGUCUCACAUAAUAUUGUAGAUCUCUUGUACUCUUCCUAGUAAUGUAUACUGCAUUAGUUUGAAGAUGUGGAUAUUUCAAUAUAGAGCUAUAUGUUGCAAUAAGUGAGUUGAGGUUCUUUUCAAGUACACUCUUCUUUUUAAUGUAAUGGUUCCACCUAUA